UGAGCCUGCACUUCGUGCUGUGGGGGUGCCUGCACGUGUACCAGCGCAUGAUCGACAAGGCGGAGGACGUGUGCCUGUUCCUGACGCAGCCCGGCGAGCUGGUGGGGCAGCUGGCCGUGCUCACCGGGGAGCCCCUCAUCUUCACCAUCAAGGCCAACCGCGACUGCACCUUCCUCAAGAUCUCCAAGUCCGACUUCUACGAGAUCAUGCGGGAGCAGCCCAGCGUGGUGCUGAACGUGGCGCACACGGUGGCCGCCCGCAUGUCCCCCUUCGUGCGCCAGAUGGACUUCGCCAUCGACUGGAUGGCGGUGGAGGCCGGGCGGGCGCUCUACAGGCAGGGGGACAAAUCUGACUGCACCUACAUCGUCCUCAACGGGCGGCUCCGCUCGGUCAUCCAGAAGGGCAGCGGCAAGAAGGAGCUGGUGGGGGAGUACGGCCGAGGGGACCUCGUGGGCGUGGUGAGCUCUGG